AAAUUUUCACCCAAUAAUCCAAUCUUACAUUGACGGCGACGGUGGCUCAGCGUUGCGCAAAUUCCAGAGCGGGUUUUUGGGUCGUGGAGCUCAGAAAGCUCUGCAAAAAUGGCGGCUUGUGCAAUUAAGACCAUCUUUCUCUUUCCCGCCAUAUUCUCACCUCUUUUCGUCGUAAGCGAGAUCGCCUCGCCUGGUCGAUCAGGCAACGAUGGGUUCAUCAACGAAUUGCUGGAAAUCAAGCUCAGGAUCUCUCACUUAGAAUCCGUUCUGGAGGAAAGCAAGCAAAAUUUAACCGAGAAAAGUAGUGAACUCAAGGCGCAGGAAAAGCUAAUUGAGGCUAUGUCCCAUAAGGUUCAAUCCUUGGAGUCUGCUUUAUCUGAUAUGAAGGUUGAGUUCUACUCUCAAUUUAAGCAUUUAAUUCUCAAAUGCAUGACAAUAGGCAGAAAAUUCAGAAAGAAAACAUCAAGUGAUGAUGAAAGCAUUGCUGUUCUGGAGGAUGAGGUACGCCGUCUCUGGGCUGAAUCAAGAAAGAACAACUUUGACAUUCAUAUUCUGAAAGCCAAGGUGCAGGAAGCUGAGGAAAAACUGGAAGAGGUAACCUCACAAGUUGAGAAGAAGUCUAGCAUAGUAUCUGAACAGUGGAUUCAAAUUCGGCAUCUAGAGCAGGCUCUUGAAAUGUCAAAAAUACAAGCUUUGAAGGUCCGCCGGCAAGUUGCUCUAACCAGAUGCACCUUUUUGAAGUUGGCCAACACGUGUUUUGUCAAGCAACUUCAGAAGGACCUUCAGACAUUGAACCAUCAUCUUUUCAACAAAGUGCCGACCUUGAGUUCCAGGGUUACAGGAGCCAUCCAUCACCUCCAAAGAGUCUAUGAAGAAGCCAAAAAGUAUCACCAUGAGUUACAAAGACUGAUUAAACAAGAAAUGGAAAGAAAUGAAUAUGCAGCAUAUCUUGCCAACAAGGAAUUUAUUUUCUUUCUGGCGUCUGCUCUAGUUACCUUCCCAAUUUUUGGUGCUUGGAUGUUCCUCUCUUCAUGGUUUUCCAGGUAAAGGGCCAUCCUUGCGAAAAGAGGGCGAAGCUAUCAGGAGAGGAGUAGGAGGCGCACCGUAUGAGUUUUUGUAGGAGCAAACAGACCGAGUUUCAGACCUAUACUCGGACACCUGUUUUCCCUGACUCUCCUGACACUUCUCGCUGUUUUGUUUAGCCGGGAGAUAGAUUCAAGACAUAGUAGCAACCUUCUGCUUUCAAGUGAAUAUCUAUAUUUGGUGUAAAAGUUUGAGAUAUUUGUUAUAUAACACUUCUUAAAAUUUUACAUCAAAAUGAAAAUGAAUUACAGAA